CAUCUCUUGCCAUCCGCUGGAGAAGAGUCAAUCGCGGCGGCCCCGUUCAAUGGUCUCACGACGGCUACCGUGAACACGACGACGCACCCGCGCGAGAUGGCGACCUCCUCGGCGUCUAUCUAUGGCUUGGUUGCUGGCGAGGCUAGUGGCGAUCUUGUUGCCCUCCCUCAGGCGGGUGAGUCUUGCGGCGGGCGCAAACACAGCGGGUGAGCUAAUGGCAGCCAAUGCAACCGGUUAAGGGCACACGUCCGGCAAUGGCGCCCCGUACUGUAGUGCCUAUAGUGGUCAGCGCCAAGCCCUAUCAGGUACGUAUCAAAUCCACCCCUCACGAGUCUUUGAAGAUUAGGAUUCCUGAUAAAGGGUGGUGUUUGGUGUUUUCGUGAACUGGGGGUUCCUGAAUUUAUUAUUAUUUUUUUGGGGGGAAGAACUGGUUUGUCAAACUAUGGUUUCAGGAAUUGAAUUUGGUCGUGAUUUGCUAAUCCCCUCAUUGUACUUGCUGUUAUUCUCUACGUUAGACAUGAGCCGAAUCUCAAUUAGGCUUACGGCCCGUUUAAUUUGUUGGAAUUGCAUUUUAAUAAUUAUAAUUUAGAUAAAAUUAAUUAAAUGCAUAUAUUUAUACAUAUAAUAUAUUUAUAUAUUAUCUUAAAUAAUAUGAGAGAGAUAAUUAUAUACUACAUAUAUGUUAUAGCGAAGCAAAUAAAAGAGUGUAUUAUAAGUUGUAAUCGAAAAAAUAUCAUGUAAACUUAUAAAAUCAAUUUCCGUCUUUCACCAUAUGAAUUUGAGAUAGUCUUAUAUGAUAACUUUAGAAAAAUGGUGCAUGCCACGUCUAAAAGAAAAUAGUCUAUUUCAUUAAUAAGAUUUUAAUUUCUAAAAAUGAAAGGAAACAAACGGGACCUUAAACUAAUUAACCCUAAGCAAUUGAGUCUUUAUAAUUUGUCACAGUUGGUGGGUCAGUUUGGGAAUUUGGCACAGUGGAAAUGCAGUGGAGGUCCACGGCCAGAGCCGGCCGGUGUUUAUUUUAAUAAGGGUGGUGUUUGGGGUUUUCGUGAACUGGGGGUUCCUGUUUUUUUUUUUGUGUGUGUGUGGGGAGAACUGGUUUGUCGAACUAGGGUUUCAGGAAUUGAAUUUGGUCGUGAUUUGCUAAUCCCCUCAUUGUACUUGCUGAUCUUCUCUACGUUAGACAUGAGCCGAACCUCAAUUAGGCUUAAACUAAUUAACCCGAAGCAAUUGAGUCUUUAUAAUUUGGCACAGUUAUUAGUGGGUCAGUUUGGGAAUUUGACACAGUGGAAAUGCAGUGGAGGUCCACGGCCAGAGCCGGCCGGUGUUUAUUUUAAUAUCUUGUCACGUGAACCCUGUCACCUUCUCUGCAGUAGGCCAUGUGCACACCAGUACCGCGGUGCCUGCUGCAUGCUCCUGCGCCCAACGCCAAAGGAAAAAAAAGGAAUACGGUCUACUACUAGAGUAGUAGUUCUCCAUUCAUCACUUUGCACUUUGCAGUCGAUCUCAGCCAGCCAUCCUCCUGCAGUCCUGCUAUCGUCACCCUGCAGGCUCUUUCUUGAUUCCGAGGUCAGCAACAACUUUUCCUGUCUCUCUUUUCCAAUCGCUUUCAGUGAAAAGGAUCUGGCAAUUCCAGGUAAACUUGAGUAAAGAGAAAUGCCGAGGUUAGUUCUAACUUCAUACUGAUUUGGUGCCAUUAAGCUAUGCGCGACAAAAGUGGGGAACGGUGAAAAGGGGAUUCAUAUUUUUGGUUGGAAUACAAAAUUACUGUAGUCUAUACUGUUUUUUUUGUUGCUCUCUGCGAGUUUUUCAGAACAGGAAAUUCAGAAAAAUCUGAUGCAGAGUUUUUCCAGGUCUGGAUAAAUCUUGGAUCUGGAGCCCAGACUCGCUCUCAUGAACUCAGACUACACCACCAACAAGGGCGCCAACGGGCGGCCGCAUGGCAAGAAGAAUCAAGCGUUGGCUCGGCCCAAGGCGACGCCGUCCAAGUGGGACGACGCGCAGAAAUGGCUUGUGGGCAUGUCGAACGGCCACGCGGACGGAACCCACGGUGCCAGAGUCAAGCCUAGGAGCUCUAACGCCGACGACAGGCGCCUCCUCGGCUCGGCCUCGCAGAACGGCCGCGUGUCCUGCAGCAGCGUGGAUGGCGCCUUGGAGUACAGCAUGGUGGUGGCCGCGCCCUCGACACCGCCGCAGGCCGCCGAGGGCGGCGGCGACAUGGAGGAAACCAAGAAGAUCGACUGCAUGGUGCAGCUGCAUGACUCGCCCCAAGCGGUGAUGCGGUCCGUGUGCCUGCGGGACAUGGGGACGGAAAUGACCCCCAUCGCCAGCAAGGAGCCGUCCAGGACACCCACGCCCCGGCGCGCCUGCACGCCCGUUGCGCUGAGCCCGAUGGCCUCAAGGUCGUCCACCCCGGUGAGAAGACGCCAGGAAGGGCCCGUGGGCGUGACCACGGCCAUUGUAGCAGGGACGCUGACCGAGCAGGUAGCGGCAGCAGACGAGGUCGCUUGCGUCGGGGACGAGCGCCCCGUGGCUGGUCAUGUGCCCAGCGUGAACUCUCUGGAGUCUCGCGCGGCAGCCUGGGAUGAGGCUGAACGGGCCAAGUUCAUGGCGAGGUAUAAACGUGAAGAGGUAAAGAUACAGGCCUGGGAGAACCAUGAGAAGAGAAAAGCCGAGACAAAGAUGAAGAAAAUGCAGAUGAAGGCUGAUCAGAUGAAAGCACGGGGCCAAGAGGAGCUGUCCAACCGGCUGGCCACCACGCGUCGGAUGGCUGAGGAGAAGCGGGCGAGCGCUGAGGCGAAGCUCAAUGAGCGUGCGGCCAGGACAUCGGAGAAGGCCAACUACAUCAGGAGGACUGGGCACCUGCCGUCCUCCUUCAAGAUUUCUUGCUUGUGCGGCUCGAGCUUUGAGUAACAGAAUAACAAUUAUUAGUCCAAAUAAUACAAUGAAGAUAGUCCAACUCAACUUCAAAUUCUUCCUCUUCAACAUGGUGCUUCUCAUUCUUCUACCUGAACGAUGACAAAUAUGUGGUCUCUAUUUUUCUCUUAUGAUGGAUUUAUUAAAUUUUGUGCAGUUGAGAAUAAACAAUA